GGGAUGAGGCUCCUCCUGGUUGGGAAGAGUGGGGCAGGGAAAAGUGCCACCAGCAACACCCUCCUCGGAGAAUGCGUGUUCAAGUUUGCGACCGAGCUGGUGAUUGUGAGCUGUGUGCAAGCACAAGGGUGCUGCGAUGGCGAGGACAUCACAGUCAUUGAUGCAGCUGAUAUUUUUGAUCCAAAGGCUGCCAUCAGUGAGGUGUACAAAGAAAUUACUCAUUGCAUCAGGCUGUCCUCCCCAGGCCCCCAUGUGCUGCUGCUGGGAACAAAUCUGGGCCAAUCCAUCGAGGAGGACAAGGAGGCUGUACAGAGACUGCAGGACAUUUUUGGAGUUGAUGUUUUGAGGCACACGAUAAUUACUCAUGCAGAAGACCUGGCAGGGAGGUCGCUGCACAAUUACCUGCGGUAUUGCGGCAAUGGAGCGCUGCAGGACCUGAUCCUGCGCUGUGGGAGCAGGUACUGCGGCUUCAACAACAGAGCAGUUGGUGCUGAACAGGACCACCAGGUCACCAAGCUGAUGGGGAUGGUCUGCUACGUGGUGCAGGAGAAUGGGGGUGAGUGGUACAGCAACGACAUGUACCUGGAGCCCAGUUUAAUGGAAGAGAAAGUGGAGUAUCACAUGGGGAGGUACAAAGCAGAGAGGAAAAUGAGGGAGUGGUCCAGAGCUAUGCCAUGCAGGAUAAUUGUGGGUUGUGGGAUAAUUCUCCUUAUACAACGGCUGGAAUUUAACCAUUGCCUGUGA